UAUAAGUUUGGACACUCCGGGACAAAUGUUCAGAUUUGCAAUACCGCAGGCCACCACAGCCGAGCGACAUCUCGAUGACGCCAAAAUUCUUCAGAGGAAAGAUAACGGAAAGUUAAGCCUAGAAGACGCUAUAGCCGUAUCAACUGGGGAGGAGACCAGUGAAGUUAAUAGCGACACCGAUGAGGACGAGGAGGAUGAGAACGAAGACGAGGAGGAUGAGAUUGAAGACGAGGAGGACGAGAUUGAAGACGAGGAGGACGAGAUUGAAGACGAGGAGGACGAGAGCGAAGACGACGAUGAUACGAUCGUUGGUAUGUUCAUGAAAGGCUGCACAUUAAAUGAGCAAUCCCCGGAUGGAUCAUCACGACACAGAGACUGAAGAUUAAUAAGUGUAAUGGAACUCGCCUUUGUACAAUGAAGAGUUGAUUUGGAUAAUCGGCAAAUAAAGCCGCCAACAUACUUGGCAAGGAGACCAAGUCCUUUGAGAAGAUAAUUCCGAUUGAUUCCCAGAUACAUUGUGUCAGAAGUCAUGAAAUUUAAAGUGAUCAGGUAGAAUAUACAGAUAUAUUUUAAUUUUUUUAAGAUUUAUGUUUUUUGUAGGUUAGGUUAGAUUUAUUG